AUGCUUUUCCUCUGCUUGAUCGUUAUUUAUUUGUAUCUUGAUGAGUUCACUUUGGCUUUUACUCCUAAAAUAGUUUGGGGCCACAGCGCCGUAUUUGCAGAUUCUAGAAUAUAUAUUACAGGUGGUAUCAUUCCCAUAAGCCAGGAUAGUUUUAAAGGAGAACAUUCCAAAGAAUUUUAUUAUUUAAACAUUGGGAAACCCUUUGGAGUCGAAGCAGGAGAUAAAUUACCGUGGGUGGAUCUUAGUCCCGUAUCGCAAAUUCUUCCAACACAUGCAUGGAGCGCUUUUUCAAAUUGUGGUGAUUCUCUAAUUUUGUAUAUUGGUGAAUCUAAUGGAUCAGUAGAAUACGGUGAUGUCUACACUUACAAUUUACAACAGUGGAACAAUCUUAUGACCAUCAAUUCACCUCCAUCUUAUUAUCACAGCCGGAGCCAGACCGUUUGUGAUAAAACUGGAAAAAUGUAUAGAUUUGGUGGAAACUUUCAGCCGAUUGGCAAUCCUGUAAUUAAUAAUAAAAUGAAUAUUUUGGAUAUACAUACGCGAGUGUGGAGAAGUAGUGGUGCUCCAGUAGGAAUGUACGAUCAUACGGGUACAUUGUUACCAAACGGUUAUAUUGUUUAUAUAGGUGGUAGAUUUAAUGAACUACUUGUAAAUAUGUCAAAGCUACUUUUAUAUAAUAUAAAUGAUAAUACAUGGACUCCAAAGGAAACCUUUGGCGAUACGCCAACAUCUCGUGCAUACCAUUCUGCCGUUCUGAAUGUGUAUAAGAGACAGGGCAUUGAUGAUACUGCAGCCGAUGAUCUUGUAAUAUUAGAUACAUCACAAGCUAAUUUUACAUGGUCAAUAGCGAAUGUCUCCACAAAAUCACCACUUUCACGUACUUACCAUACGGCUACUUUGGUCGGUCAUUAUAUGAUCGUGAUUUUCGGAAAAAAUAAUGAAUUUAUAUCACCAACCACACAAAAUGAAGUAUUUAUUUUAGACACGAGCGAUAAAUCUAAUUACAAAUGGAUUAGAAAAGACGACUAUUAA